CACUACAAAGUGUUUUAAUCCAAGAUGGCUGCCUCCAUGCUGCAACGCUUUGGGCUGUGUGGGAAAGGCUUUACAAAAUGUGCGCGGCACACGCUUACGGGUAGAAGAUGGAUUCUUUCUUCAGCAUACAUAGAUCCCAAAAAAUGGGAGGAAAGGCCAAAGGAUCCCCAGAAUCUUGCCGAACUGGCAAACCUGAUGGAUAUGACAUAUGAAAGAAAACUUCCUGUCAGCUCCCUAACGAUUGCACGGUUUGUGGACAACAUUUCUUCAAGAGAAGAGAUUGAUCAAGCAGAGUACUACCUCUACAAGUUUCGACACAGCCCAAACUGUUGGUAUCUUCGAGACUGGACUAUUCAUAGCUGGAUUAGACAUUGUCUUAAGCAUGGAGCAUCUGAUAAAGCUCUUUAUACACUGAAGAAUAAGGUCCAAUAUGGAAUUUUCCCAGAUAACUUCACAUUUAAUUUGAUGAUUGAUUCUUUUAUCAAAGAAAAUAAUUAUAAAAAUGCUUUUUCUGUCGUCGUUGAAGUUAUAUUUCAAGAAGCAUUUGAUUUAUUAACAACCCAGAUUUUAUCAUUCCAUAUACUAGGCAAAUAUUUAGAUACCAACACUGACCUUAAAUGGGAUGAAGAACGAAAUCUUGGAGCAGCUUUUUUACAUGUGGGUCUAAAACAUGAAAACACUAUUGGCUUCAGUUCUCAACUUUUGGGUUAUGCUCUUCUUGGAAAAAUAGAACUUUCCCAUGGUCUUCAUUCUGUGUAUCAUCAAAUGCCUUUAAUGUGGACUGCUGGUUAUAUAAGGAGGGCACUGGAAGUAAUGACACAAAUUGCAUCCUUGCCUUCCAAUGUAAAAGUUUCUCAACAAGCGAUUGAUGUCCUUGAGAAGAUUUUGGAAGCAUCCUCUGUGUUGGAAAACACUGAAAACGUUGAUACAAAUGACAAAAUGGAGACAAAAAUAAACUCAAUGGAUGAAGAAGAUAAAAUAGAAAGGUUACACCUUCCUCAGUAUGUAACUCAUUUUAAGGAACUUUACAGUAAGUUGCAGUCACUGAACAAGAUUGAGUCUAAAAGCUUGUCAUCUUUGGCGGACCUACUAAUUGAAGAUAAUCUUGCUGAAAGUGAAUCUUCUGACAUUGUUGCAUAUGAAAAUAAACUGCAUGAGUGGGAAGAGGAGCGAGUCCAACUUGUGAAACGAGAGCAAGAGUUCAGAGAAAAAACUCGCUUAGAACGUGAAGCAAGGCGUCCAGCCAAAAUGUCACAGUAAUUGGACUUCAUAAUAAAGACAUUCUGUCCAGUAAUACAAUAAUAUUGUAUCCUGUUUUUACAUUAUUGAUUAACACAAUAAACAAAAUAGUGAAUUUCCAUUUAUGUUCUUAAUAAAAGAAAGUGGCAGUGGAAAAAGUGAUAUUUUUUGCUCUAAGGUUUGACUUUAGCCAAUCUGACAUCUAGUCCUUUAUGUAUUUUAGGUUGUGCUUAGAUGGAAAGAAUAACCAGCAAGCCCAAAAUGACUGCUUUAAUUAAUCUAAAGCUGCAUCAGAAGAUGAGUCUCUCAAGGUACUCAAACAAAAGAGUAGUCUAAAAUUAGGCAGGGGUCUGCUACCAAAGUACAGUAUGUAGAAAGCCAAGCAUUUAGCUGCAAUAUUGAAGUUAGUAAACAAACUCAAAGCUAUCAGUUUGCUGUCUAAUAUCUUUCCUGUAUCUAAACUCCACCAUUUGUUUUUUUAAAUAUAUUAGGUGAGCCCAAAGUUUGAAAGUCCGUCAUAAUACCCUGCCAUCCUUUUUGACAGUGGCAUCAAGUGUUGUGACAUGAAAACAAUGCUGAAAAUAGCAGGGCUAAUGAUCAAACUCCAUUUCAAAAUGGCAUCAAACUGAUGUUAUAUAAAUCAUAACACAGCAAAAAUCUAAUUCAGUUUCCAAAUUAAAAAUAAAUGAUGGAGUUCAAAACACAUUUAUGCCCUUUCAUUUGUUCUUCAAUUGUCCUACUUCUGCUCUAAUUCUUGUUUUGGGGAGAAAAUACUGUUAUAAAAAACCUGUUUUACUGUUA